AUGAAUCGAAUAUUUUAUUUUUGUUUGUUUACUAUUUUGUUCUGGCUAUCUCUUGUAUCUGGUGAAAAUGUUAAUAAUACAAACGGCAAUGAGAAAAAUAGGAAAGCUAUUUUAUUAGCUUUAUUAAAAAAUUCAUUAGUAGAUAAUAAGGAUUAUAACAAUAGUGAAGAGCUAAAGUAUGCAUUGGAACAUAUUCAGAAUUCUGAAUUAUAUCCAAAGGAUUCCAAAAAAUUUGACAAAUUUAUUGAUGAAUUUUUUAGUUAUUAUAAUAUUCAUGUAAAAUUUACUGAUGAAGAAAAAAGCAUAUUACAUAUAUCAGGUGUUUUCAAAGAAUUCUAUGUAGAUGUAGACAGUUUAAAUAAAGAUGAAAUGAAAGAAUAUUUUAAGAAAAAUCAUGAAAAGGGUCUUUCUUUAAUUAAUUUAAUCGUUCAUAGUAAUUUAAUGAUUCAACAAUUUGAUCAUGAUAUUAUGGAUAAAAAAAAAGUACAUGAACAAAACACAAAUACAAAUAAAACUUUAGAAUAUAUAACUGAUAAUUUAAAUGAUCUAAUUAAAUUCAAAAAUAUUCAUUUAAAUAAUAAUUCCACUGGAGAUUUUAUUAUCAAAUUAUAUACAAAUUAUGUGAAUUAUAUUAACCCUUAUAAAACGAACCCUUUACCAAAUACACCACAUUAUUACGAACAUAAUAAUUAUCAUACUAAAGAACAUUAUAUAUACGACGAGGAAAUAGCUGAUCCAAAUAUGGACAAUAUAAAUACACACAAUUAUAAAGAUGGUUUUCAAGUAAUAACUACAAAAGAAGAUCAAAAAGAAGAAAAUGAAAAAAACGGAAACCAUGAAAAUAAUAAUGCAAUUAAUCCUAAAUAUAUCAAUUAUGAAAAAUCUUAUAAAAAAAUAUUGAAUGCUAUAUUUGAACAAUUAGAUAAGGUAAAUAAAAUAUUUUCACAAAAUAAAAAUAAUAAUAACAGUGAUGAAAAUGAAAAUAAUUCUGAAUCAAAUUCUGGAAAAUCAGAAUUAAAUAAUGAAAAUAGCCAUUCUGUAAAAUUAUCCAAUUCAUCACCUGUUUCAUCUAACCAAGAAUCUUUAAUCUUUCCAUAUACUUAUUACAACCCAUAUUAUAUGUUCAGACUAACUAAUAGUUAUAAAGAAAAUGAUGAAGAUUCGAAAAAUGAAAAAAACAUCAACAAUAAUGAAGAUAAUGAGUAUGGAAAUAUGAGCAUAGUUUUGGAGAAAAUAUACCAUAUAUUAAAAGAUUCUAAUAUUAAUGAAAAUAUUAUGAUCGAUAAAAUGUCAGCACCACUUAUAAUGUCUAUUAUUAUAAAUUUUAUGAAAUAUAUGGUUGAAAAAAAUUUUAACCUUCCAGUCUCAUCGAAGGAUGAAAAUAAUUUUAAUAAAUCAAAUAAUAAAGCAUUAUUAUUACAACAAAAUAAUAAAGAUAAACCAAUACAUAAAAAAAAAGAAAUUAGAAAUAAAAAAAUACAAACAAAAAUGGAUGAAAUAGAUGAAAAGACAAAAAAGAAAAUUUCAAAUACUAUUUAUGUAAAUGUUGGACAAAGUGGCAUUAAUGGAUUUUUUAACUUUUUUGAUUUUAGAGAAAAAUCUAUAGAUCGAAAUAUGUGCGAUUUGUUACAUGUAAUGGAAGAUAUGAAAAUAUUUGAUAUUUUCCAAACUGUUAUAUUUAUUCAAAAAUUUACAGAAAAUGUAUGUGCAUCUUAUUGUAUGAAUAUUACCGAUGUGCUAGAAUUAUCACACUAUGAUAUGAUAUUAUAUGAUAAAAUGGUUUUCCAUUUUAGUAAGGAUGGUAUGCUGAUAAAGACGGAUAAGAAAUAUUUAUUUAAUUUAAAAGAUUUCGAAAAUAUACUUAAUCUUUUAAAUAUAAAUGCUAAUACCAUAGCAUUAAAUUGCCCUUGUAAAUUUUAUUCCGAUGUUAAUUAUACAUAUUCUGAACAAUAUAAAAUGAAUUUAAAAGGAUAUCUCCAUAAAAUAAAUGAAUUUGAUUAUAUUAAUAAUUUUUCAGCAUCUUAUCUUUUAGAUCAAUUAAUAAUGUUCCAAGAGAAAUUUAAUUAUAUUAAAAUGAAUGGAGAACUACCUAUAGAUGAUCCAAAAAAAAUAUAUAAUAUGAAUAAUGUACAUGAUACAGCAUAUUAUCAUAAUUAUAGAUAUUUCCCAACCAAAGAUAUGCCAAAUUUAAAUGAUAAUUUUUAUGAACACCUUAAAUAUCCUGAUAUAAAUACUAUUCAUAUUUAUUAUAAUGCUUCUCCAGUUAAAUUAAAUGAAGUAAAUGAUUUAAAAAGUAUAAUUAUUGAUGAAAUAAAAUCCAAAAUUUUCUAUAUUAAUUCUUAUAGAGUAGGAGAUCAAUUUUUCCCAACAUAUAGUAAUUUAGGAAAGGAUGAUCAUGAUUUAGAAUAUUCAGCAAAAAAUAUUUAUAAAAUAUCUAAUGAACGUGACGAUAAUACAUUCAAUAAUAACAACAAUGUGGAUAACAAUAAACAUAAGGACAAUUAUAAUAAAUAUAAAGAUAACAAUAGCAGAUAUACAGAUAAUUAUAACAAAAAUAGAGAUAACUAUAAUAGACACAAAGAUAGCAAUAACAGAAAUAGGGAUAAUUACAACAGAUAUAAAGAUAAUAAUUACUAUUAUAAUAAUGAUGAUAAUAAUAACUAUAAUGAAAGAAAACGUUAUAUCAGAAAAAAAACAUACGAUAAAUUGAGUUAUUUUAAUUUACCAAGCUUGAAAUCUAUUUAUAAUAAUAAAAUUAAUGGAGAAAGUGAAAAAUUCUCAAAUGAUAAUGAAGUACCUGAACAAAAUGAAUGGACUCCUUUAAAUAAACCACAAGAUUAUGAAGCAUUUUAUAAUGAAAAAAAAUAUCAUACAAGUGUAUAUGAAACUAAUGAAGAAGAAAAGGAAAAUUUACAAAAAUUGAAGGAUCAAAUUAACAUAAAAUCAGAUAUUUUAUAUAAUGAUAUUGAAGAAAAUAAAAAUACUGAUGAUGUCUUAUUAAUAGAAAAUAUUACUAUAAAUAAUGGAACUACAACAAAUACAAUUGAAAAUAAUAAGGAUAGUAAUAAGGAAAGUGAAAAUUCUAGCACCGAACAAAAUGAUAAUAAUAAUAAUAAUAAUAAUAAGGAAGAAGAUAUAAGUGAGAACAAUAACAAAUCAACAGUUACAGGUGACAGUAUAGAAAAUCCUAAUGAACAAACAAAUGGUGAUCAACACCCAUGCACUGAAUAUAAUCCAAGCAAAAGAUCUAUUAAUGCAAAAUAUUUGAUUUUCUUUUUUAAAAAUCUUCAUGUAUGGAAAACAGAUUUAUUUUGCCAGAAUAUAAAUUAUAUUAAUAACUAUUUAAAUAGUAUACAAUAUAAUAAAACCCUCACAUUUGAUAUAUGUUAUGAAAAAAAUACAGUAACUAUAUAUUUUACUGAUAAUGUUACUUAUACUGUGAAAGUAAACUUAGAAUAUCUUGUAUUUUUAUUAGAAAAAAUAUCAUUGAUAAUGUAUGUAGAAGAUUUAUGUUCUCUCUUUGAAACUGAUAAAAAAAGAAAUUAUAAAAAUUUAACUAAAUUCUUAGAAAAUACAGAACGUAUAAAUACAUUCAUAAGAAAUCAUAUGAUGUUGUCAAAUGAACAAUUUGUAAAUAAAAAUAAAUAUGCAAAGGAAUUAGCAGGCAUAUCUAUAUCUAAUCUCUUUUAUCCUAAAAAAGAUAUUAUUUUAAGAUCUACACCUUAUAACAAUAUUAUAUUAGAUGAAAAAGAUAUAUACCAAACUAUUUUUAUUUAUAUGGAUGAUAUGUUAACAGAAAAAAUGGUAAAUGAUACAAGUAUUACACCUUAUGCAUUUGUAGUCUAUACUAAAUCAAAAAAAGACCCUCAAGGAAAUAAUUUUAAAAUUGAACAAAAUAAGCAUAUAACCAAAUAUUCUAGAAGUGCAAUUGAUAAAUAUAUUCAUUAUGAAUACAAAAAAAUUUCAGAAAACCUAAAUAAUUUUUUUAUGGAAUCGAAUUCAAAUGUUCCUCAAUAUAAUGGAAAUUAUAAAGAAUAUACAAUAAUUGUUUAUAAUGAUAAUCCAUCUAUGGCUAAUAUUGUACUUACUACUACAAUUAAUGUAUUCAAUGUUUCUUUCCUACAAAGCAUAAUGGAAAUGUUAUUAAAUAUUAAAGCCAACCAACAGUUCUUUUCUUAUAAAGGAAAAUUCAUACCAGUCAAUGCAUUCAUUACUUUAGAAAAUAAAAUCAAUUACAUAUUCUUUAAUUAUAUACCACUUGAAAAUUAUGUUAAUAAUGGACAUGCAAUAGAAUUUGAAAAUUCAUAG